CUGAAGGCCGUGCUGUCGGCCCCUCUGUCCAGCGGCGCUCUGGACCUGUCCGGCAUCCCCCUGACGACCCGGGACAUGGAGCGGCUGUGCGGGCACCUGCAGCACCACGCGGCCUUCGUGGUCAGCCUGGAGCUGGGCUUUACGGAGCUGACGGACGAGGCCUUCCUCCUGCUUCUCCCCACGUUGGCCGCGCUGCCGCACCUGGAGACCCUGGCCCUGAACGGAAACAGGCUGACCAGAGCCGUUCUGAAGGAGCUGACCGAUGCCUUGAAGGACCCAAACAGUUUCCCCAGUGUGACGUGGAUUGACCUGGGCAACAACGUGGACAUCUUCUCCCUGCCGCAGCCCUUCCUGGUCAGUCUGAGGAAACGCUGUCCCAAGCAGGGAAACCUGCCCACCAUCCUGGAGUUUGGGGAGAGCCAGGCCAGCGACCCCCCCGAGAGGCUGAUGGGUCUCGGAGAGGAGGAGGAGGAGACGGACGACACCAACCGGACUGAGAGCAUGGACGAGCUCCGGUCCGAGGUGGAGGCGGAGAUGGACGGAGAGACGGAGAUAGAGGAAAUGAUGGAGGAGCUGCUGGACUUUGACAGGGAGAUCCAGGGGAAGGACGACGAGGAGGAGAGCAUGUGGACGGUCGGGGAGCAACGGAGAGCUUCGGGGAGGCGGAGGGAGAGGCCAGAGGAAAUCCCGAAAGAAAAGGAGACGCAGCAGAGAUGUGUCCGGCGGAAGAGGAGGGCGGUGAAGGCCGAGGAUGAGGACGACACACAGAGCCACUCCUCCCAGCUGUCCGGCUCCAGCCAUUCCCUGCGCUCAUCCGAAGCGGCCGAACCAAUGAGAGCGGAGGAGGACGACCUAACUGACCAGACGGACCACUUAACCUGA